CCCUAAAUCGAAAGAUGAAACUGGUGAUAAAGAAAACUUGAAUCCUGCAAAGCAGCCAAAUAAACAGGAAACUAAUACAUUAAAGAGUAAGGAAAACAUUGUCAAUAACUGGUUCAAUAUGACUAAGGAAGAAAGGUAUCAAAGAGAUGCAUCUUCACUUGAAAUACCACCUGGAAGUGAAGACAAAAUAGAAAGUUCUAGAAAGUUUGCGGAAUCAGAAUCAAGUAGAAUAGUAUCACGUGAUACAGGAAUUAUAGUGGUGGAUAUAGAUCCUAAGACACAAAAUGCAAUUAAAAGUUUAGAAUCGGAGGAAGCAACAACAGAUGCACAAUCAAACGAACUAAUUAAAACCCCAGAAAAUGAACCA